AAAAAAAGGUAAGAGUGGGGAGUUGGUUUUUGAUUCAUAUCGAAAAAAAUUCGAUUCAAAGCAACAGAGAGCCGUAGGCGUAACUAACAAACGCCAUUGUUUCCAAUCUGUGUGGGCGCAAAUUAUGGAAACCAAAAACAUUCUUCAAAUUUCUCAGAUCAUAUUUCUUUCUUCAAUCUCUCGACCAUUUCAUUCCUUCUUCUCACUCUCAUAACAUCCACUUCCAACUCUUCUUCUUCUUCUUCUUCUUCUUCUUCUUCUUUCUGCCCAACUUUUACUUUUCAUCGAUUCACCGCCAAAUUCUUCAACUGGGUUUUCAUUUCAUGUCAAGCACUCCGUCUCUGAUCAACCCUUUUAAAGUGGGGUCUUAUUCAAAACCCACCAUGCAACACUUUUCCAAUUCCCCCUGUCGAUACCUUCUUUAACUUUAUCAAAAUCUUUUCAGUCUUCAGAGAUUCCAACAUUUCAGCGAUUUCCCGCUUUCCUCGGCUUCCUCUUCCCUCCUGCAGAUGAAAAUCAGGACUUCUGGUGGGUUUUUCGUUAGAAGAAAAGCCGAUCACCGGCAUAGAUUUGAAGGGUAGCGGUGCCCUUGGAUUUUGGCUCGGUGAAGACCCACAAAGGGUGAUUUCGAUUCUAAUCGAGAGAUGCAAUCGAAAGUUCUCCCACUGGAGGAAGGGAAAGACCCUGGACCUUUGAACCGGACCAACCAAGCUAGGCCGUUGCCCUUUAGAUUACUUCAGUUGUUCGUGUUGUUUUUGGUUCUUUGCUUUGUAUUUUCGGUUGUUAGUUUGUAUACGAUCCGUCGUUUUGGGAUUGAUAGCGCAGUGAUGACGUUUAAGUCCAAUUUCCUUCCCUGUUUGGAGGAAUACAAUUUCAGUUUGGGUCAGUGGAUUAAGGCUCCGGUGGAUUUGAUGCAUUCAAUGACUGACGAGGAGUUGUUUUGGAGAGCAUCGUUUUCACCUCACAUUAAGAAUUACCCUUUUGAAAGGGUUCCGAAAAUUGCUUUUAUGUUCUUGACUAAAGGUCCAUUACCGCUUUCCCCACUUUGGGAGAGAUUUCUGAACGGACAUCAAACCCUCUUUUCAAUUUAUAUUCACUCUCUGCCAUCGUUCAAACCCAAUUUUUCUCCUGCUUCUGUGUUUCAUGGGAGACAAAUUCCUAGCCAGAUUGCAGAAUGGGGAAGAAUGAGUAUAUGUGAUGCAGAGAAAAGACUCCUAGCCAAUGCGCUGCUUGACAUCAACAAUGAAUGGUUCAUUCUCCUCUCGGAAUCAUGCAUUCCUCUCUACAAUUUCAGUGUGAUAUACAACUACUUGAAGAAAUCCAAAUAUAGCUUUAUGGGUUCGUUCGACGACCUUGGCCCUUACGGGAGAGGACGAUAUAAGGACGCCAUGGCACCAGAGGUAAACAUCACAGAAUGGCGUAAAGGCUCCCAAUGGUUUGAAGUGAACCGUAAACUUGCAAUCAACAUAGUGCAAGACACCAAAUUUUAUAAGAAAUUCAAACAAUUCUGUCGACCGCCAUGCUAUGUCGACGAGCAUUAUUUCCCGACAAUGCUCACAAUAGAAGCAGGAAAUGUUAUAGCCAAUAGAAGCCUCACGUGGGUGGACUGGUCAAGAGGAGGCCCUCACCCGGCGACGUUUGGAGGACGGGACAUUACAGAAGAGUUGUUAACUAGAAUUGUAAACGGUCAGAAUUGCAGUUACAAUGACGGCACCUCCUCCAUUUGCUCUCUGUUUGCAAGAAAAUUCGCACCAAGUACGUUGCAGCCUUUGCUACGUUUAGCACUGGACAUGUUUGGAUAUUGAAGAAUAAUUUGCUUAAAUGAUCAGAAUAGAGAAAGAGGGCAUGAGGGGUAAGUAAAGUUCUAAUCAAUACAGUACAAAUGUAGGCAACAGAAGACUAAUUCUUUCAGGGCAAGCAGAGUAACCCAACAAACAAUAGAAAAGAAGAAAAUACAUGUAAUAUCUUAUUGCAGGGAGGGUUUCGAAUGAAUAAAAGAUGCUGUGGAGUGAAGAAUGCAAGAUUCUUGAAGAGAUGGGAAUAAUUAAAUGAUGUUAUUUUAAAAGAGAGAAAGCGAUGGGGGAAAUGGAUGGGACCUCACAUUGGUUUGUAUAUUUUUAGAAGAAGUGAGCUUAGGCGUGGUGGAAGUGGAAGAGCACAUGAGAAGCACUUUUGAAAAAGAAAAAGGCCUCACGCUUGGUUGUUACGUUAUGUUAUGUUAUGUUAUGUGUACAUUCCAAACCCGCAAGCCUCCAAAUACAUACAACAGUUUUUGCAUCUCAAGAGAGAACAAAACGUGAAUCAUUUUGAUGGUUUUUUCUAAAA